UUCCCGGGUUUUAUUUAUUUAUUUGUCAUGUUUAUGUACAAUGGAUAUUUAUAUACCGUUAAAAAAAAAAAAGUUCCCAGAGUGGUUUAUAAACAAACAAGGAAGGAAGGAAGUCUCCCUGUCUCAAAAGGGCUCACAAUCUAAAAAGGAAACAAGAUAGACACCAGCAACAGCCAUUGGAGGUUGGAUUGGGGACGGAUAGGGCCAGUUGCUCUCCCCCGGCUAAAUAAAGGGAAUCUUCACUUUUAAAAAGUGCCUCUUUGCUCAGUUAGCAGCGGACAUAUACUGCCCUAUAUUGCCACGCAGAAGGGGGCAAAGGGUUCUCUGCUGUCCCAAAGGGCAGGAGUAGGUCUGGCAGGCUUCAGUUACCGGAGGGGAGAUUUUGGAUGAGCAUGAGGAGAAUCUUAAUGACACUCCUGCCACGGCCAGGCCGUAACCAUGGAUGCAGCGGGACGUCCGUCGACUGGGCAAGUCAUUCUGCUGGCAACCAGUUCAGCCGUCACAGCCAUUCUCUAUGCCAUUUACAGGCAAAAGUCAAAAGCUGUGCACAGCUUGAAGGGAGCCAAAAAAGUCACCCUAGACCAGGACUUAAGGAAUAUGCUUAUGGAAGCACCAGGGAGAUGUGUCCCAUAUGCAGUGAUUGAAGGUGUGGUACGGUCCAUUAAGGAGACUCUCAACAGCCAGUUUGUGGAAAACUGCAAGGGUGUGGUCCAGAGGUUGACGCUGCAGGAGCACAAGAUGGUGUGGAACCGCACCACCCACCUCUGGAACGACUACGCGAAGCUCAUCCACCAAAGAACCAACACGACGGCUUUUGACUUAGUGCCUCAGGAGGGAGGGGCUGACGUGGCCGUCCGGGUGAUGAAGCCCCUGGACGCCACGGAGCUCAGCUUGGAGACGGUCUACGAGAAGUUCCACCCCUCCGUGCAGACCUUCACGGACGUGAUUGGCCACUACAUCAGCGGGGAGCGGCCCAAAGGGAUCCAGGAGACGGAGGCGAUGCUGAAGGUGGGGACGGUGCUCACCGGGGUGGGGGAGCUGAUCCUCGACAAUGCCACUAUCCGGAUUCAGCCCCCCAAGCAGGGCAUGCGGUAUUACCUGAGUGCCUUGGAUUUCGACGCCUUGCUGCAGAAGCAAGAAUCCAGCGUCCGGCUCUGGAAGGUCCUGGUGCUCCUUUUCGGCUUCGCCACCUGCGCCAUCUUCUUCUUCCUCCUCCACAAGCACUACCGCCACCACCGGGAGAAGCAGCGCCUGCGGCAGGUGCGGGAGAUGAUCGCGGCGGGCGGGGACGCCGUGCAGAACCCGUGCGUCGUCUGCCUGAGCAACAACCGCUCCUGCGUCUUCCUGGAGUGCGGCCACGUGUGCUCGUGCGACAAGUGUUACCAGGCGCUCCCGCCGCCGCCUCGGUGCCCCAUCUGCCGGCGAGAGAUCACGAGAGUCGUGCCUCUGUAUAACAGCUGAAUCUCGGCGCCGUCUUUCUCGGUGGCCCCCCGGAAGCCGGCUUUCCGAAUUUCGCUGCGAGGGAGGGAGGGAGUGGAGAUGUGUGUAGCGGGCAUUGUUUAGCAUUCAGCGGCUGGAGCGCUUCGCACAAUCGCGGGCGGCGGCGAACCGUGCGGCUUCAAGAUCGGACCCGUCGGAUGCUCGCUUCGAUUCGUGAGCGGCGAUUCGUGAGCUCUGUCGCUUGGGCGGACGCGAUGCCAAAACGAAGUUUCUUCUCAGCUUGAGAAUCCAUGGAUUCACAACUGUGUGUGCCCAACAGGGCUGCACAGCUGGGCCCUCCAGCCGCUUUUGGACUACGGCUCCCAUCAUCCCCGGCCACAGCGGUUAAUAGCCAGGGAUGAUGGGAGUUGUAGUCCAACAUCUGCAGGAGGCCCAAAGUUGUGCACAGCCCUGGUCUAACCCGUCCUCCCCCACUUCCGGCUGCCCAUAUCAGAAUGAACAGGAUCAUGGUUUUUUGAGCUUUUCUGUUUCUUUGGAAUCACUUCUCGCCGGCCCCAACUGCCUCCCUCAACUGGAAACUUCACAUUCUGUCUGCAGAAUAAACGAGGCCUGUGUCUGUUGGUUUUGC